AUGAUUAAAGACGCUGGAUUCGAGCAUGUUCUUAGAUAUUUUGACGAAGAUGGUGAUGGAAAGGUUUCACCGGCAGAGCUACGACAGAAACUGAUGCUAAUGGGAGAGGAUCUCUUGUUGAAAGAAGCUGAAAUGGCUAUUGAAGCAGUGGAUUCAGAUGGUGAUGGUUAUUUGAGUUUGGAGGAUUUAAUUAGUUUGAUGGAGGAAGGUGGAGAGGAACAGAAGUUGAGGGAUUUGAAAGAAGCAUUUGAGAUGUAUAAUGAUAGUGAUAAGUGUGGAUUUAUAACACCUAAGAGUUUGAAGAGGAUGCUUAAGAAGAUGGGUGAUUCUAAAUCUAUUGAUGAAUGUAAAGCUAUGAUUAAAUCUUUUGAUUUGAAUGGGGAUGGUGUGCUUAGCUUUCAUGAAUUCACUAUUAUGAUGCAAUGA